AUGUCUCAGUCACAGCUGAAUGAGAAGACCGAAAAGCUAACCUCACUCCUACAAGACUGGAUCGAAGGACUGCCUCAGCAGAUAAGGCCGCAAGAACCUCUGCUCUGUCUUGACUAUCAUCAGUUGGUAUGUGUUACUGCACUUCAUUAUACGUAUUUUCAGCUCAUUAUUGCCAUAAACUCACCACUGCUGAGGUUUUUGGGCACCGACUGCCAGGAGAGCACCUCGAGGGGCGUUCAAUACUGUGUUACUGCUGCACGAGCUCUUGUGGCGCUUUUGGAUUAUCAUGACAAUGGCCACCCGUUCUCCAAGUAUGAUACUUUCUCCCCCGCCGAACUUGGAUACUCACAACUUAUUGUCAGUUAUUUACUACACCAUGUUUGCUGGGGGAUUGACCUUCUUUGCAUUAAUAUCCUCCAGUGUAAGGCACCUUCGGUCAUAUGUGACCUUGAAUUGAUACGACGCGUCGAGGAUUUCUUCCAAAGACGCCAACCUCAUUUCGAGGACUGUCAUACCUAUAUUGCCAUUAAAGGAUUGCUCAAUGUAAUCUCAAGAACGGUACAACAUCCCCAGAUUCUUGAUACAGAGUUGGAUCGGAAUUUCCAACUGAACAGCGCUAGACCGUUCUCAAGCACUUAUGACCAGCAUGAUCCCAAUGUUUGA